UUUUUGUUGUUAAUCAUUGUGAUGAGCUUUGUUAAAAUUGGGUUGAAAACUGUUAAUCUUUCUUCAUUUUUCACUGUUCUAACUUCUGUUCUUAUUAAAAAAUUUGCAAUUGGUGAUUUUUUGAUUUAUUAUAUGCUUCAUGUUUUCAUUGUUCUGUUCUUAUGAAGAAAAAAUUUGCAAUUAGUGAUUGUAUGAUUCAUGUUUUGAUUGUUCUGUUAUAUAAAAAAAAUUAUGUUUUCAUUGUUUUGUUCAUUGUUUGGUUGCACUGUCCCUGUUCUUGAUAUCUGCUGACUUGCUACCCCUCCUCCGUGUUGGAUUUUUUUUUUGUUUCAGGCUUUGUUGUGUUUUUGUUUCAGCCUCUGUUGUGUGUUUGUUUCAGGCUCUGUUGUGUUUAUUGUGCAACACUAUCAUUUUUUGUUUUACCUUUUGACUUAGCUACAUUAAGACAAUAUUCUCUAUCUUUAACUUGUGCAUUGUAAUUCAAUCUAGCUAUUUUUAUUAGAAGUAUAAUUAUGUUAAUUGUCAACAAAUUUGCAGCAAGUCAUUGCAUAUUUUGGUGAUUAAUUACAUUUAGUUGGUGAUAUUUUAUGUAGGGUUUUAAAUUUCAAAGAUAUUUAGGAUGUUUAUUUAUAAUUUAUUUAUUAUUUUAUUAUGGAUUGAUUUUUCCGGUUGAACCACAGUUAGACCGGUUGGACCACUAAACCAGUGAACCAGUGACGAGCGGUUUGAUGAUCAUUCCGGUUUUCAGAACCUUGGUUAUUUUAUAGUGUGGUUUCUCUUAUUUCGCAGACAAUACUUGUAUAAUUGCUUUGUUUCACUGUUGUAUAAUUUUUGACAGUUAAAUAGUCUCUGUUUAUGAAAUUAUUAGUGAACGUUUAAAACGGUAAAUUUUUUUUAUAAUAUUUAAAAGAGUAAAUAUUAAUUUUUUUGUCCAUAAAAAAACCCAUGAAUUUUUAGGUACUACCCGUACCAUAAUUAUAAAAGGCUUAAAAGCCGAAAAAUUAAAAAACCUAACCCUAAUUCCUAGUUCUAGCAGAAUCAGAAACCCCCGGUAGCCACCCACAAACUCACCCUCUUCUCUGAGCUCUCAACUCUCCCUCGCUCCUCAGUAGAUGUUUUUAUAUCAUUCUUUUUAAUAUUGUGCCUGUCAGCUUGUUGAAUAUCAUGUAGAAUAGACGAGGAUGAGUCGUGAUAGCCAAAAUGAAAUAGUGCACAUAAGAAAGUUUAUUAUUUAAUCCUUGGAACUUAGGGUUUGGAAAUCAGAUGAAUGGGAGGAUCAAGGGUCCAACACUGCGAAAUUUCGAAUUGAAGGCUUGAAGGGAUUUAUGCAGAUUCAGGAAAGAGAAAUAUAGGGAAGCACAACUGCACAAGUUCCUUUCUUCUUCAUAGCUCACAGCCGCCGCUCCUGCAACUUCUUGUUUACACGCGCUGCCGCCAACUCCAUUGUCAAACCACUGGAAUCAAAAGUCCCCUUUAAAACCCCACUCCAAAGAUGCAGCACGAUGAGGUUAUAUGGCACGUUAUCAGGCACAACCAUUGUAGUUUCAUGGCCAAAAUUACGACGGGGAAUUUUUGUAGAAACCCUUACAAUGUUACUGGACUUUGCAAUCGAAGCUCGUGCCCCUUAGCUAACAGUCGCUAUGCUACUAUACGAGAGGAAAAUGAUGUAUUGGCCUAAGCUUCUUAUACACAAAACAAAGCAACGAUUGACCAAAAUGACCCAGAUGCGGAUACGCAUGAGGAAACUUGCGUUGAAGACAAGGGAGAAAAUAAUGACAACUCCGAGGAAGGAGAUAAAGAGAGAGGCUAGAAGACAAGAGAAGGCUGAAAAGGCAGCUUUGUUAGAAAAGUCUAUUGAGAAAGAGCUACUGGAGCGCCUUCAAAAAGGAGUUUAUCAACAAAGUGACAUUUACAAUUAUCCUAUUGAACAAUACAAUAAAGUUCUUGAUAUGGACAACCUUCAACCUGCUGAGGAAGAGGAGGAGGAAGCAGAGAUAGAGUAUGUGGAAGGUUAUGAUGAACUUGAAGAGGAAGAUGACAUGGAGGAUUUUGUUAAUUUUAGAAUUGAUGAUGCUGGUGGCGAUGACAAUGAUGAAAAUGCUGGAAGCUCUGAAGAUGAAGAGGCAGAAGCAGCUGCUCAGAGAAGGGUGAAACGGAAGAAUAAGUUAGCUUCAAUGAAAUCUGAGAAGGAUUCUGUUGAUCUUAAAUCAAAGAAGGCAAAGGUCCUUGUUGAGGUUGAGCGUGAUGAUGCCGAUGAAAGACAAAGGGAGGUAUCAGUACGGUAGUUGCACUUGGUGACUCGGCACUGGUCAUUGAUAGGAGAGGAAAGGAGAGGUGCGAUAGGAGAAACAAAAUUUUGGUUCAGUUUUAUUAGUUUGUUUUGUACCCAGACGAGAAGAAAGCACAGAAAUUCAUUUUUCUUUUUUAUUUUUAAUUUUAUUUCCAACUUUUGAAGGGCAGUGUUGUCAAAUUUCAUAACACGAGUCUAGGUUGGUUGGAAAUUGGAAUAGCAUGGAGCUUCAGCAUCUCAAUCCAAUGUUGGUCUCCGUUAUAUGACGGGGGAGUAAUGGUGUACUAAAAUCUUGGAUAACAUGUAACAUGGUGUUUGACUGUUUGCUAUAUUUAGAUCCGUUAAUACUAUGUACCAAAACAAAGCUGAGACUCCUUAAGGUAAGACAUGUUAUAUUUUACUAAUAUGAAUGAAUACAAACUCUCUUGGAAAAGUA